AUGUCGAAAUCGCGCCUCCCUCUAUACCUCGGCCUUGGUAUCGCUGGCGCCGGUGGCUAUUAUCUGUACAACUCUGGAGGUGAUGCGAAUGCUGCUGCUAAAAGGGCCAAGGCCGACGCCAAAAGCGCACGAAAACAACUACACCGUGGUGGCGAAGACGCCAAAGAUGCUGGACAGCAGGCAUCUAACUAUAUUGACGAGACUGUACAAGCAGCGCGCGACAAGGCCCGCCAAGGCACCGACGAUCUCAAGGACCAGGCCAAGGAGGGCAUUGACCGCAUCGACCAGGUCCGGCAGGACACUGCACGCAAUCUGGGGACGAGUGUGGAUCAGCUGGAUCGUAAGAUUGAGGAUAAAGCGUCCGAGGCGAAGAAGAAUGUUGGUGGGUGGUUUGGGGGGAAGUAG